AUGCCCACCAAAAACGUUAUGGACGAGCGGAUCGCCAAAUUCAAAAACAAGGGGAAAGAUCCAGCAAAACUUCGUGAUAAAAGGAUCGCGGAGUGCGUGGAGCUGCGCAAAGCUCACAAGAAUGAAAGUUUCCUCAAGAGAAGAAACAUUACGCUGUCGUCUCUUCCGGAUGAGGAGGCCCUCUCUCCCGACUACAUCACUAACGAGAUGAUCCCCUCUUAUUCCAUUGAGGAGAUAGUUAAAGACGUGAACAGCGGCCGGAUUGAGUCCCAAACCCGAGGCUGUCAGGCAGCCAGGAAGCUGCUUUCUCAGGAACGUAACCCUCCUCUGAAGGAGAUCGUUGAUGCUGGUCUGCUGACCCGUUUUGUGUCCUUCCUGUCGAUGGACGAUGAGCCGACUCUGCAAUUUGAAGCAGCUUGGGCUCUGACAAACGUUGCCUCUGGAACAUCUUGGCAUACACAACAGGUGGUGGAACAUGGUGCUGUACCUGCUUUCAUCGCCUUGCUGGCCUCACCAAUGUUGCAUAUCAGUGAACAGGCUGUCUGGGCUCUGGGAAAUAUUGCAGGCGACGGUUCGGCUUAUCGAGAUGUCCUGAUUGAGUGCAAUGUCGUCCCAGCCUUGCUGGCCCGUAUAUGCCCAGACACACCAGUUGGCUACCUGCGUAACCUAACAUGGACUCUGUCCAACUUGUGCCGAAAUAAGAACCCGUUUCCACCCUUGUCUGCAGUCCUACAGGUGCUUCCCUCUCUGAUCCAGUUGCUCCAUCUCAGUGAUAAGGACAUCUUGUCUGAUGCAUGCUGGGCCAUUUCCUACCUCUCGGAUGGCGACAAUGAUCGUAUUGAUGUUGUAGUAAAAACUGGUGUUGUCCCCCGGCUGGUGGAGCUCAUGAGCCAUGAGGAGCUCAUUGUCAUGACCCCAGCCCUCCGCUCCAUCGGGAACAUAGUGAGUGGCUCUGACCUGCAGACCCAGAUGGCAAUUGAUGCUGGAAUUCUGAAUGUCCUACCUCAACUUAUGAGGCACCCAAAGGCAAGUGUGCAGAAGGAGGCAGCUUGGGCAUUGUCCAAUAUUGCUGCAGGACCAUGUAAGCAAAUCCAACAGCUCAUCACCUGCGGACUGGUCCCUCCUCUGGUAGAACAGCUUAGAAAUGGAGACUUUAAGACUCAAAGGGAAGCAGUAUGGGCAGUGACUAACUUCACCAGUGGGGCCACUGUGGAGCAGGUGGUCCAUAUCGUGCAGAGUGGAGCCCUGGAGGCACUAAUCAACCUUCUGCAGGUCAAAGAUGCUAAAGUCAUUCUGGUCAUCCUGGAUGGCAUCAACAACAUGUUCAUGGCAGCAGACAAGCUCGGUGAGACGGAGAAACUUAGCCUGUUGGUUGAAGAGCUGGGAGGGCUGGACCGCAUUGAGAUGCUGCAGAACCAUGACAAUGAAAUGGUGUACCAGGCUGCACAUAACCUCAUAGAGAAAUACUUUGGUGAUGAUGACAUUGAGGGAGUCAAGGUUGCCACUACUGACGAUGCAUUUGAAUUUCAGUGCUCUGAUGUUCAGAGAACCUUUGAAUUUUAA